AUGAGGGACGACAAGCAGGGCCGAGUCACAACAGGGGACGUGCUACAGUUUGCUGCUGGUGAGGGAUAUCUAAGAAAUACAGAGGAUGAAGGAAGAGAUGGAGAUGGAGGAGGAGGAGGAGGAGGAGGAGGAGGAGGAGAAGAGAGAGAAAAGAAGGAGAAGGAGGAGAAAGAGAAGGAAAAGGAGAAAGAGGAGGAUAAAGAGAAGGAGGAGGAUAAAGAGAAGGAGGAGGAUAAAGAGAAGGAGGAGGAUAAAGAGAAGGAGGAGGAUAAAGAGAAGGAGGAGGAUAAAGAGAAGGAGGAGGAAAAAGAGGAGGAGGAGGAUAAAGAGGAGGAGGAGGAUAAAGAGGAGGAGGAGGAGGAGGAGGAUAAAGAGGAGGAGGAUAAAGAGAAGGAGGAGGAUAAAGAGAAGGAGGAGGAUAAAGAGGAGGAGGAGGAUAAAGAGAAGGAGGAGGAUAAAGAGGAGGAGGAGGAGGAGGAGGAGGGAGAAAGAGUAACAAAACGAGAAAGAGUAGCAAGACGAGAAAGAGUAGCAAGACGAGAAAGAGUAGCAAGACGAGAAAGAGUAGCAAGACGAGAAAGAGUAGCAAGACGAGAAAGAGUAGCAAGACGAGAAAGAGUAGCAAGACGAGAAAGAGUAGCAAGACGAGAAAGAGUAGCAAGACGAGAAAGAGUAGCAAGACGAGAAAGAGUAGCAAGACGAGAAAGAGUAGCAAGACGAGAAAGAGUAGCAAGACGAGAAAGAGAGCCACCUGCGCGCCGCGAGAACCCCGCCUCGUCCGGGCCUCAUCAAUCAGAGGCGGCUUGGCCGGAUGAUUUAGGGGAAUCCCCCAGCUACCUACUCGGCGCGUCCAAUGGCGGCGCUGCCACCGGCGACACUCAUUUGUCAGCGGCGGUAGGCGCCCCGCCGUCUGAUGGGUCCGGCGCACUCCCUCCCGGUGGGCCGACGCCAUUAGUCACGGCCGCCGAGAGGACGCUAAACCAGAGCGGAAGGAAUAAAACGUACGGCGUCGCACUGGGCGACACUUGCUACGGCCGACGCCUUGCUGACGUCACGGAGCGCGGACGCGUGAUUCAGGGAGAGCGGCUGCGCGGCCGGUGUGUGAGUGACGUACUGGGGGGCGUGGCGCGUCGUUCAUCAGCUACCCUGCUGGGGGUGGGGCCGCCAGGGGCCAGAAAAAAUUACUGCGACAUGCAUUACCCGCAAGAGCUGGAGGAGAAGGAAGUGCACGCCCAGUGCCACGUGAGCAACCACGUGUACAAUAUUGUGGCACCUGCAGAACGUCGGAGGGCACUGUUGCUGACGUGA